CUUGACCUGCUCGACUUGUAGAUUAUUCUUUAGCCCAAGAUUACCAGACUCGACUCAACAAUCUCGCUGUGCGAGUGAGGAUUUUCUCCCAAACACGACGUGCUUGAUCUGCGUCGAUCAGGCUCUCACCUCGCCGUGGUCUCUUUGAAACGCGAUAUUCUUCAAUCUGCCAACCGUCUUGUGAUGUGUCAGUCGGCUGGAGAGCUGCGCUAAAGCUCCGCGAGGAAAUAGCCUGAGUCUGAUUCAGCCUUUACCGUAGAUUCCGUUUCAGAUUCGCAAUCCACUUUAUAAUUCUUGCCGGUCGCAGGAUUUAGUGGCCGUGUCGUCGGCAUUCGAGGAGGAGAACGGCCUGUUUCGAGACUCGUGUCGAGGACCCAUUAUAUCACCUGGCUUUAAUCUGCCGCCAGGCUGGCAUUCCAAGAGGAGGUGGCCGCGCGGCUGCAGGAGGACGCAUUGUCCUGACGACCUUGUUUUGACGGCUUAUCAGAAUAUCCGGUUCUUAGCGGUUCUCAGUGGGCCGCCAUGCUGGCAUUCCGCGAGGAGAUAGUGGCGCAGCUGCAGGAGGAGGACGGUCUGUUUUGAGGACUUCGUAUUGACGACCUAUUGAAAAAAAUCCGAGUUUGAAGGACCCAGUAGAUCUCCUGGUUUUAUAUUAAUCUGCCACCAUGCUGUCGUUUCACGAGGAGAUAGUGGCGCAGCUGCAGGAGGAGGACGGCCUGGCGGUCAUGGGGGCCGGGCUGGGCCUGCAUAAGGUGCUAGCGCUCCUCGUUCGUUACUAUCACAUCACCAACGCCACUUGCACCCGCAGCCUCGGGAGCAGCAGCUUUGGCGGCGGCAGCAGCAGCAGCAGCAGCCGGGGUGGUUAUAACGGGCGGUUGAUGUUUGUGAUUGGAUUGGCGGAGGAGCAGAGGCAGGCGGUGCAGGAGGAGCUUCAGGCGUUGAACAAAGCUCUGGCCGCCGCUCCUUCCCGCUGCACCCCACCUACUGCCGCCCCUCCCGCUCAAACCUCUCAGCCCAGCCCAUCCGCUGCUUCCCAGGACCAUCUGCCAGCAGCAGCAGCAGCAGCAGCAGCAGCAGCAGCAGCAGCAGCAGCAGCAGCAGCAGUAGCGGUGCCUCAAGCGUCAGGAAGCAUAGCUGCUGCUACAGUACCAUUAGCAGGGGGACUCGAGGCCACAGUGGCGUCAGCUGUAAUGGCAUCCGAUGGAGCAGAGGGACAAGCAGAGGGACAAGCAGGGGGACAAGCAGAGGGACAAGCAGCCCCAUCGGCUGCGCUGCACCCGGCUGCAGUCCCCUGUGUGCUGGCAGAUGUCAACAGCAGCAUGUCCAGCGCUGAAAGGGUGGCGGCUUACCGCGAGGGAGGGUGCUUUGCCGUGACCUCCCGCAUCCUCAUCGUCGACAUGCUCUCGGAUAGAGUGCCCUUCAAUAAGCUUAAGGGCAUAGUGGUGGUGAAUGCACACCGAGUCACGGACACAGGAGCAGAGGCCUUCAUUCUCAGGCUAUUCAGGGACACCAACAAGCACGGCUUCAUACACGCACUGUCGGACCGCCCCAACUCGUUGUCGGCUGGCUUCCACAAGGCGGAGCGCAUCCUUAAAGCGCUCUUCCUGCGCCGCCUCUACCUCUGGCCGCGAUUCCAGGUUAGCGUAUCCCAGUCGUUGGAGCAGCACCCGCCGCAUGUGGAGGACGUGAGAGUGCCCCUCUCGCCAGCAGCAGCAGCCAUCCAGCAGGCAAUCAUUGACGUCAUGGGCUCGUGCCUUCAGGAUCUGCGCCGUACAAACAAGCUGGAUAUGGACGAUCUGACGGUGGAAAGCGGUCUUUUCAAGUCCUUUGAUGAGAUCGUGAGGCGCCAGCUGGAUCCUGUGUGGCACACUUUGGGCCGCAAGAUCAAGCAGCUAGUUGCGGAUCUGAGGACCCUGAGAAAGAUCGCGGAGCACCUGCUGCGCUACGACGCGGUCACCUUCCUGCGCUUCCUGGACGCCCUCAAGGCGAGCGAAUCAAAGGCCGCCAUCUGGAUCUUCGUGGACCCCGCGCCCAAGAUCUUCGAGCUGGCUAAGAGGCGGGUGUUCCAGGUUGUUAAAAAGGCGCCGCUUGCAUCACUGCAGGAAGCCGCCAGAAAACCAACCAGAACGAGGGCUGCUCGAACCAAGGCGUCGGAGGAGCAGAAGGGGGCGGAAAGAGAGGGGGGAGUGGAAGGGGGUUUGGGCCUUGAAGUGCGGGAGGACGGGUGGGAGGGUGACGGAAGCAAGGGGAGUGGGGAGGGCGGGUUGGAGUUACAGCUAGUGCUGGAGGAGAUGCCCAAAUGGAAAGUGCUGCGGGAACUGCUUGAGGAAAUUCAAGCGGAGCGCAGCGCGCAGCAGCAAGCACCAGCAGCAGCACCAUCAGCAGCAGCAACAGCGGCAGCAGCGUCUGCAGCAGCAGCAGCAGCAGCAGCAGCCGCUGUGGUAGUGGCGUGCAAGGAUGAACGCACUUGCCAACAGCUCGGGGACGUGAUUGCAUUUGGUGCCGCCACUCUCAUGCAGCGCGAGUGGCAGCAGUACCUUCUGGCCAAGGCAGAUCUCGUGAGGGCGAACCUUCCAAGAAAGAGGCAUGCCAGCAGCAGCAACAGCGCACGUGCUGGUGCUGGCAACGCUGGUGCUAGUGGUGGUAACGGCGGCAGUAGCAAGAGCACAGGAGGCGACAGCGCCUUGGACCUGUUUCAGAGGGAGCAGCAGCUGCUGCUGGCCGCGGCCAAGCGAGAGGAGGAAGGGAAGACGGAGCAAGGGGAGGAGGAGCAAGGGGAGGGGCUUGGAAGGGGCAGUGGGGGCAAUGGUGACAAGGAUAGUGAUAGUGAUAGUGAUAGUGACGUUGUGCUUAUAGAGGAUAGUGAGGCAAUAAGGAAGGGUGUUGAUGACAGUGAGGGAACUGGGAAGGGUAGUGCGGAAUCAAAUGAGGGGGCAGAAGGGGCAAAGAGGGCAAAACGGGCAAGAGUCCAGCCAACAAACCCAAACUCCUCACUACCCAUCCCAACCUCAAUUCCAGCCAUCCAGCCGGCUAAUCCUGUACCUUCCGACCUGCCACCCCCCAUCUCUGCACCCCCCAACUCCACCCCUCACUUACCACAACUCCCCGCCACCUCCCUCUCCCCCUGCAUCCGCCUCGAGUUCGUCCCUCCCUCAAUCAAUGGCAGGCUGCCAGCUGUCCACCUGUGCACCCUCGAGGGUGCGUCGCACGUACUGGCGGCGCUACAGCCGGGCGUGGUUGUAGUCUACGACCCUGACAUCGAGCUCGUGCGCGAGAUCGAAGUUUUCCACGCUACCCAGGCGAGUGCUCGUUCCAGCGCGGCAGGCAGGGAGGAAAACACCGCACCUUCCCGGGACGAAGGCGCUUCUGAGAGUGGGGGAGAUGCAGGCGUGUGUGAAGGCAGGAGCCGAAUGGAGUCUCUGGUUGAAGGGGGGGCAGCCACGGAUGCUGCUGCUGCUGCUGCUGCUGCUGCUGCUGCUGCUGCCGCUGCUGCUGCCACUGUGCAGUCCCUGCUGCCCCCCCUGCGCGUGCUGUUCCUGUUCUACGAGGGCUCCACGGAGGGCCACAAGUUCGAGGCGAGUGUGCGGCGGGAGAACGGCGCGUUCGAGCAGCUCAUCCGGCAGAAGGCUGUCAUGACCAUCCCCGCUGGACAGGACGGCAAGUCCUCGGAGAUUCUUCCCAUGAGCCUGCCUCGGCUGCCUCCCUCCCACCCCGCUGCUGCCAAUGCCAUUACGAGGAGAGGGGGAGGGCGGAGGGCAGCAGAGAGACAGGAGAUGCGGGUGGUGGUGGAUAUGAGGGAGUUCGCCAGCAGCCUGCCAUGCGUGCUGCACCAGAGGGGCAUGAAGAUACAUCCAGUCACGCUCGAAGUGGGCGAUUACAUCCUCUCGCCGGACCUCUGUGUGGAGCGCAAGAGCGUGAGCGACCUCUUUGCCUCCUUUGCGUCGGGGCGGUUACAUCAUCAAGCCGAGACCAUGUGCCGCUACUACAGGCUGCCCGUCCUCCUUAUAGAGUUCUCCAGCGAUAAGAGCUUCUCGUUGCAGUCAGCGAGUGACAUCAGCGAUGACAUCACCGCAUCCAGCAUCAUAUCCAAGAUGUCUCUCCUCGCGCUGCACUUCCCGCGCCUCCGGAUCGUGUGGUCCAGAUCGCUCCAUGCGACGGCUGAGAUCUUUGCGUCGCUCAAGACCAAUCAGGACGAGCCGAGUGUCGACCAGGCGAUGAGGGUCGGCGUGCCGACUGAAGAUGGUCUGGUGGAGGGCGACACCAGAGACGAGCAUUUCAACACAACAGCCGUGGAAUUCCUUCGGCGCCUGCCCGGGGUCUCUGACGCGAAUUACCGCUCAUUGGUCGAUAACUGCGGCAGCUUGGCUGAGCUGGCGAUGAUGCGUGUUGAUGAGCUGGCACCACUUAUGGGCGGCAUGCGCUCGGCUCAAAUGCUCAGGGAUUUCCUUGAUGCCAAGUGCCCCACGCUGAAAUAGGUGUGUCUGUCUUGAUGGAGCUUGCUAGAAACAGUCACACUCACACAUGUACCAUAUUUGUGUACUAGCCAGAACAGAUGAUAUGUUGGGUCCCUCCAUGCAUUGCAUGAUUCGAUUU